AUGGGUAUAUCCCAGACUCAACAGAUGGAGCAGCGAUCUUUCUUCACAAUCAGCCUGUACAACGAGAACCUGACAGAGAACCUGACAGAAAACCUGACAGAGAACCUGACAGAGAACCUGACAGAGAACCUGACGGUGAACCUGACGGAGAACCUGACGGAGAACCUGACGGAGAACCUGACGGAGAACCUGACGGAGAACCUGACGGAGAACCUGACAGAGAACCUGACAGAGAACCUGACAGAGAACCUGACAGAGAACCUGACAGAAAACCUGACGGAGAACCUGACGGAGAACCUGACGGAGAACCUGACGGAGAACCUGACGGAGAACCUGACGGAGAACCUGACGGAGAACCUGACGGAGAACCUGACGGAGAACCUGACGGAGAACCUGACGGAGAACCUGACAGAGAACCUGACAGAGAACCUGACAGAGAACCUGACAGAAAACCUGACGGAGAACCUGACGGAGAACCUGACGGAGAACCUGACGGAGAACCUGACGGAGAACCUGACGGAGAACCUGACGGAGAACCUGACGGAGAACCUGACGGAGAACCUGACGGAAAACCUGACGGAAAACCUGACAGAGAACCUGACAGAGAACCUGGCAGAGAACCUGACAGAGAACCUGGCAGAGAACCUGACAGAGAACCUGGCAGAGAACCCCCAGAGAAAUGUUAUUCCCUGGUCCCAGAGCAGCUGCGCCUCCUGGUGGUGGUCUGUGCUCUACUGCUGCUUGUCGACUCCUAAUCACGGUUCAAGAGAGGCCCUCCCCUCAGGGGCCUCAGACCUGAACCAGGAGGCCCUCCCCUCAGGAGCCUCACACCUGAACCAGGAGGCCCUCCCCUCAGGGGCCUCAGACCUGAAACAGGAGGCCCUCCCCUCAGGAGCCUCACACCUGAACCAGGAGGCCCUCCCCUCAGGGGCCUCGGACCUGAACCAGGAGGCCCUCCCCUCAGGGGCCUCAGACCUGAACCAGGAGGCCCUCCCCUCAGGGGCCCUCGAGCCUUGUGCCAGUGUGUGCUCCGAUGGGAAGGGCCCCACAGACUCUGAGGGAGAGAGCAGGGCCCCCGCUCUGCAGGACCAGACUGACGGGGCCAUGAUCUCCACAAAGGACAGUGUCAGGGGCCGCUUGGACCAGAAGAUCACUGUCAACAAUUCUCUGAGCAGCAGGAAGCACAAAGAUACAGGGGGCGGGGCUGGGGGCGGGGCUCACAGAGCAGGAGGACAGGCCCCUGGGAGCUCAGCAGCUCAGUGCGACGCAGACAUGAAGACGUUCCUCACCAUUGAGAUCAAAGAGAACCGCUCCACUGCUCAGGGGCCCCCCAGGAACCCUGAGGGCCCCCGCCUCCACAGCAGCCACAGAGCAGGUCUGUAA